AUGUCUUCAACACCUCCCUCUAGUCCAAAGAGAAACGAUCCUUCUUCAAUACCUUCCUAUAGUCCAAAGAAAGAGGAUCCUUCUGGUUUUGGUUCCAAUGAUCCAUCGCUCAAUCCUUUAGGUCCUUAUUUCAUCCAUCCUAGUGAUGGUCCUUCCUCUGUGUCUAUUACUCUUAUCCUUGAUGGAACCAAUUACCAGUCUUGGUCUCGUGCUUUCCGUAUGGCCCUCAUCUUCAAAAACAAAAUGGCAUUCCUCCUUGGCACAAUCCCGGUCCCUUCAGUCAAAGAAACUCUUUACUUUGCUUGGGAGAUGCAACACUCUCAUCAUGUCCUGGUUUUUGACUUCGUUUUCCCCCUCCAUUGCCCAAAGCGUCAUCUUCCUUGUAAAUGCUACCGAUAA